UGAAAAUAGGAAAUCAGCUGUUGCGGUUUUUGUUGCAUGAGGAAUUUGUGUUUAAUAUUUUUUAAAUUUCUUGACAUAAACUUUAGUUAUAUAAAUAAAAGUAAUGUCAGUAAUUAUAAGGACUGUUCGUCUUUUUCCUAAAGGCAUAAUAACGAGUAGAAAUUUUAAUACAACAGUACCGUACUUAGUUAAAGAAAUAAACGAACGAACUGAAAAUAAUGCAUUGGUAGUAGAAGGUGUAAAUUUACCAUCGCCGCGCGCUCAGAAACUAUUGAAAGAGGUUUGUCAGAGUAAAUUUUGUCCGGAAUGUACAUUGGGCUUAGAAAUCAAACAUACUGAUGUGCUUAUACUAUCGCAAUAUGUAAGAUCAGAUGGUUGUAUGUUACCCCAGCGCAUCACAGGCUUAUGUCGGCGACAACAAAAGCGAAUUGCCAUGAUGGUUACAAUGGCUCAAAAAGCAGGUCUUAUGUCAAACUUAACGCCAGCUAAUAGUAAAAAAGAUCCGAAAAGACGUUUCGCACAUAAGAAAUUUAAUACUUAUUUCUUAGAAUCAACAAUUAAAUACUAAAACUUCCUUAUUGGGUACUUCAGAUGCUUAAAAUUAAGAAUUAACUAAUAAAAUCUAUUGUUUGUAAAUGUAAAUGAGUGUAAAAUGUGUGGUUUAGCA